AAAAAAAAAAAAAACGAAAAGAAUUUUUAUUAUAUUUGUUUUUGGGCCAUUGUGAAUUUUCACUACUUUAUUGACACGAUAAAUUUACAGCACUUUCAUUCAUGCUGUGUGAUGUGAGCGGUGAUAAACGAAAGCAAAGCAUAGCGGUUUUAAAAAUGUUCUAAUUAAACCAAUAAACAUGGCUUUUGAUUGAAUUUAAAGUCUUAACACAUUUCUAAAGACAAAAAAACUAAACGCCAGACUAAACGUUUAGUUUAGCUCGGAUACCGUAACAAAUAAGACGCAACGCAACGGCACGGGCCACAUUCAAACGGAGGAAAAUCAGAUCAAGUUUUGUUUUUUGGAAAGUUUAAAAAAUUAUGGAAAACUUUCAGCAUAAGUUGCUAUUAACUCUUAUCGUUGGUAUUAGCUCCAUUAGGUGGGUACAGAGUGUGUCCUUCUUUCCCUCCAACAGUGCUUAUGGCAUCUUCGCUGCCCUCGCCGUUCCCUUGGAUCUGCCACAUCGCAAUGUUUUCAUUUCGUAUAACUUUGAGGCAAAUUACAAUCUACCCGAGACCUGGGGUAUACCACCAUAUGCGACCGGUAUUGAAGAUGAGGAUUUAUUUGAAGAAGAGGCCAGAUUGCAUAGCGGCAAAACGUGCCACAAUAAUUGUACCAUGAAUUCUGUUGAAGCAACAGAUGGCCAAGGUGAGGAAUUGGAAGAAGAGGAGGAAAAUAACACAACUAGUGCAGAAGAUGAAAAUAUGGCCACAGAUCAAGUUACGAACUCAACAGAAACACAACGUCGUCGUCGCCGUCGUCGCAGAAGACGUUCAAUGCCUUCUCUGUUGACACGAACACAUUUCUAUCGGAUACUCAUCGACAAAUUUGAGAGAAGCGGUUUCGAAGGCGAACCAUGUCUGCUGCGUUUGAUUUGUGAAACAAAUUCCUCCGAAUUGGGUUACAUAAAUGGUGUUUUGGGUAGUAUAAUUCACAUUAUGUUUUCGCCCACGACAUCGAGAAAUGAAAAUCUACCCCUGCAAUAUUAUCAAGCCGAGGUGGAUGGCAUUCAUGACCAGUGCCAUCAUUAUGAAGAGAUUUGCACGGAAAGUAUCUUGGAUUUGAUCUCAACACCUGUACAUGAAAUAAUUGACAAUUUAAUGAAGAAUACAAUAUGAUAAAGUUAG